AUGCUCCAUGGCGCAUUCGAUGGUGGCCACGCGACAAUAAAGAAUAAUGUAGCGAAACGGAUUUUAUUUUUCUCCCAAAAAUAUUUUUAUCCAUAAAAUGCAGAUAACAGAAAGAAAGUGAGGAUGUAUAGGAUGUAAACAGGAUGAGAGAAAAGCACGAAAUCCGAUUACGUGGAUUUGUAUUUAGUCAACGAGAAAUUCCCAAUUGAGAAAGAACAAAUUGUUUUGAAAGAUUAAAGAAGGCAAAGAAAUGGGUUAUCAUUGCUAGCUCAUGCAUUCAUAUCAAGCAUCAGCCAUAUUUUUGGCAUCAUUCUUGGCAUCAGCCAUAUUAGCUCCAGCGACUCUGCCCAAUGCAUUCAACUACAAUGAGAUUAGAAAAUGGAAUGCAUCAUGCUCACCCAAAGAUACCUGUUCCAUCCCCAGAGAUCUGGACAACUCAGACCACCACAACUGUGACUGCAGCAGCAUCUGUGUCCUUUACGACACCUGCUGCAUCGAUUCACCUUUCCUCAACAUCAGCAGCAACUACAAGCGGUCUGCUACUUGCAGAAUCAUCAGCAAGUCAGGAGACAGCGUCUUCAUGAUCGAUGUGUGCUCCUCACGGUACAACGGUCCUUCAGAUAUUCGCAGGAGGUGCGAACAAACUUCAAAGGACUGGAGCGAUCCUUUUAACAACAUACCUGUUACCAAUCCCAGUUCCCAGAAGACCUUCAAAUCUUUGUUCUGCGCCAUCUGUAACGGUGAAGAUCUCCGAUCACUUGUAAUGUGGCACGUAAUGAUGGACUGCUCUUCCCUCAGUGAAUACAUGGAUGUUUGCACCGAAAACAGGGAUUUCGUGCUGAAGAACAUGAUGUAUAUCAGAGAGAAGGGACUAUGGGGAUUGUGGUCUUGGGAUUCGAAAACAGAUUGGAAAUUCAGAUAUUUACCAAUCACUUUUAAGAUCCCUCCUGGCAUUAAAAAUUCCGUUAAAAGCUGCAGGCCUAAUUUAGUGUCCUCUUGUGGCAAGAGAUGGCGGGACUUAAAAACUAAGAUGCUCUGUGAGAGAUAUAUGGGGGCCAUUUAUUUGGAUGACGUCGCGUACAGGAAUGUUCAUUGUGCGGUUUGUAAUUUUGUAACCAACAUGACUGGUAUGUUUUGUCAUGACUCAGAAUCAGAGUUUAAAAGUCCAACGAUGUCUUUUGGACUUUUAUUAGACAUCAACUUAAAGGAUGGUGAUAAAGUUGGAAUGAGUGAGGGUAAUUGCGAAAGUGACGAAGUCUAUGAUCCAUUCUCUAAAAAAUGCCGCAUUCUGGAAUGCCCUUUGCCUGGAUUUACUCUAAAAGGUGGCAAAUGUGUGAAUGAUUAAAAUAUAAAAAAUUCUUAGUUUAAAAAAACCAAUCUGGUCAAACAAUGAAGGUCUUGAUAUAGUUUCUCAGAAAUGGUGUUUAAGAUCCCAACAAUUUCAUCUGAACAUCUACAUCUAUACAACUAAACCUCAAUGUUCAGUACUAGUGUUAGAGUUGAAGUCAUUUGCUUUGCAUAAGUUCCACGCUUAUACUUAAAGACAGCUUAUGUGACGACGAACAAAAUAGAUGGUGCGUUUGUUUAAAAAACUAGCUCAAUCUUUUCUCAAAAAAUAAAUUGACAUUUGAAUUUAGGUAAAUGUUAUUGAUAUUUUUUAGAGAAAAAUGGAAAUUCAAAAUAUCGUUUAAAGCAGAUUCUAUCUUAAAGUUUCAGUUUUCAUAUUCACUAAAUAUAUCAUUUGAGUAAUUUUCAAACAAGGUACUUUUUUUAUUUUUUAUUUAUAGUUAUUUUUUAGACUCAACUACCACCGAUUUUAUAUAUUCAUAUGUCAUUUGGCAAAAAUAUGAUGAAUGCUUCAAUUUCAUAUAAUUGCACUUAUUUAUGUUGUAAGUUGUCAUUAAAGACAUGGCCGAUGUAAAUAAAUAAAUCAGAUAUUUUAAGUUGA